UGCCCGCGCAGGGCCGCCCGAGCGCCCCGGCGCCGUGACCCUCCUCCCGCCCCUCGCCCGGCGCGCCCGGCUAUAAAGGAGGGUUUUAUUCUCGGGCUCCGGUCUCACGCCAAACCCUGUCACACCGUCUAGACGAGCUGUCGUGGGGCUCGGCCCAGCUGUCACCAUGGCGAUGGAGACGAGUCCGCUGUGAAUUUUGGGGGGGAGCGAGCGAGCGAGAGCGGCGGCGGCGGCGGCAGAGGAGGAGGAGGAGGAGGAGGAAGGCUCGGCCGCCGCCGUGCCCUGCCCUCCCCCGCGGGGGAGGCUCGGACCCCCCGGCGCUGCCGACCGCGGCUGGAGCCGGCCCGGCGGGGAGCCCCGGGAGCCAGCGGCCGCGGGCGCGGGGCGAGCCUCAGAUGCGGCUGUCACACAACCCCGGCCGGGCUAUUUAAAGUAACGGGCCCCGCCGGACACUGGUGUCUCUGCCUAUUUAUGAGCCCCCGGGAGCCGGCGGGCGCCGCCGGGCAGCGCUAGGAGCCGAGGCCGCCGGGAGCAGCGCCGGGGCCCGCCCGGAGCAUGACGGCGAUCCGGGCGCUGCUGCUCUGCCUCUGCCUGGGGCUGCCGGCGGGCGGGCAGCCCUUCCUGCGGCUGCGACCCUCGCCCAGCGACAACCUGCCCGUCAAGGACAUCGUGGAGCACCCGGACCCCGAGUACGACCCCAAGGAGCAGGACCUGGACGAGAGGACGCUGAGGAAGAAGCUGGGCAGCCAUUUCGACCCCGGCUUCAUGGCCGUGGCCGUGCCGGGGCCGGCCAACGCCUCGGGCGCCGCGGCGGCGGCGGGGCGGGGGCGGGCGGCGCUGCCGGCCGAGCUGCGGCGGCUGGAGCUGGGGCCGCCCCGGGGCCCGCGCCUGCGGCUGGGCAAGAAGGCGCGGCGGAAGGUGCUGCAGUGGCUGUGGGCGCACACCCACUGCCCCGUCUUCUACGCCUGGAAGGACCUGGGGGUGCGCUUCUGGCCGCGCUACAUCAAGGAGGGCAACUGCCUGGCCGAGAAGUCCUGCUCGCUGCCCGAGGGCAUGUUCUGCAAGCCCGUCAAGUCGGUCACCAAGACCUUCCUGCGCUGGCAUUGCCAGGGCUGGUCCAGUCAGAAGUACUGCACCUGGAUCCCCGUGCAGUACCCGCUCAUCUCCGAGUGCAAGUGCUCCUGCUAAGCCGCCCCGGCCCCUUGCACUGCCGCCCUCCUCCUCCGGAUCACUUUAGCGGGGGGGGAGGUUUUUCGGGUGGGUUUUUUGGGGGGUAGGGUGGGUUUUUUUGGGAUUGUUUUUC